UUCUGCAGUGGUUGGCUUCUUGCCACCUACCUAAUUCAGUGAAAUGAAUACGCUACGCUGAGGAAACAUUGGCUGUAAGAAUUUUCAGCCCAUCUGUAGUGUCAAACCGUGUUACGCACUGUUGCUUUUCACUUUAGCCAUUCGUAUGCACACAGCGCUGACAAUUAUAGCGAUUCUUAACUCAACAUUGUCAACACAACGUUUUCUCGUUUUACAACUGAAGAUGAUGUUUUUCAAGAUAUUAUUUGUGGGCUUAAUGGCCGGGGUGGAAUUCAGCAGCAGUAGUCGAGUCGGCAAGUGGCUUCCGCUGAACAGCAAACGUUCCGUGUUGAGGGACCUUAUGCAUCCACGCAGAAAGCAUGCAAUGAACUACCGUGGUAUCGGACAGAUUGCCAAUACGGAAAUUGUGAUCGGAUCCACCAGCGGUACAAUAGGCCAGGAUGAGCAAGAAUGCCUCCGAGAUCAUCACGUGACCAUUUGGAACGCUGAAUCUCAGGCUGGCACGUAUUACAAGCGAAUUUGUCUGCUGAAUAGAUCAGUGCCAAGCGCAAGUUCACCAACCGGUGCCGAUUAUGAUCCGACCGUCAAGACGUCUGAGGUUGACCCACAAUUCAAGAUCAUUACGGAAGGAUAUUCAGUUACACUGAUGUGCAAUGUGAACACGAGUAGUAGUUUUGAAUGGUCUAGAACCAAGCCUAUUGACAAGUUUAAAUAUAUCGAGUCUACUUCGAGAAACAAUCAGUUUGAAAUAUGGGAAAAUGAAUACCACAAUAUAUCGGAGCUCACCAUUAAUGCGAUUACGUCUGAUGAGUCGGGGACGUACGUGUGCAAGGCAACACGACUUGAUGGACAGAUAAUACGCUUCCAGUACGAAUUACAAACUAUUGUUGCUCCUACAAUCAAGGCUAUCAAAAUCAACAACGUUUCAAUUGGCGAAACCUCAAAAGUUGAGUACAAAGAAUUGACCUCACUCACCAUGAGCUGCGAGGCGGACGGGUCACCAACACCAAGCAUUGGUUGGCAAAAGAUAACAGAGAAGAACAGUGAACUAACAUAUCUUAACUCUUCGGUAAUUGUGUUCCAAAAUUUGACGUCGCAGGACAAUGGAACCUACAUCUGUAAUGCUUCAAACUCAGCCGGUGUUGCUAACAGGACGGUCGGGCUUUCUGUACUGUAUAAGCCUGUGAUUACGACAUCUGCCCAACAAGACAUUCGGAGUGGUAUGGAAGAGGAAGUCCCUAUCUUCUGCAGACACCACGGCAACCCCACUCCAAACGAAACAAUAUGGUACAAAGAUGACUCUGUUCUUUCUGCCAGUCAAUGGUUGUUAAUAACAGACUUCAGUUUACUUGUGAAGAUUAAAUCAAAGGACGAUUAUGGGGAUUACAAGUGUGAAGUGGGCAACUCACAGGGAAAAACUAGUAUGGUUUAUGCAAUUAGUGGUCGCCCGCGAAAGCCAAUUAUACUUAGUGGAAUUACGUCCCAGAAACGAACUGAAUAUCACUUACGUUGGAAGUCCAACGAUCGUUUUGUUGUUAUUACGCAUUUUAUUGUUCGUGUGGUCAAAAUUCCCAGCGAGGAAAACGAUGACAUGAGUGGUCCUCUUGAGGUUCAAAGUAUUCGGUAUGCAGUGACAUCAACUAAACGCCACUUUUCGUUACAUAUACAAGCACUGCGCCCUCUUACUACUUAUACAAUAUAUGUCAAACCGUUUGUUGAUGAUAUUGAUGGUGACGAGGCCUCAAUCACCAUACAAACUUCUCUUGAAGAUUACAACCCUGAAGUGGUAAAAGUUACAUGUACCGGAUCAUCUGCACAACCAAAAGUUCUUCCGCGGGUACAAGAUCCUCGCAAUGGCGGCGUCGACUUGGUAUUGACCAGCCCAACUCUCAUUUUAUCCACAUUCCUAAUGUGUUUUCUAAUUGGUUGCAAGUAAAAUAGCAAGCAGGUUGAUGGAAAGAAUAUUUUAUUGUAAAUUAAAAUGAAAGGAAGAAAGCUUUACGAAGAUUAUACAGAAAUUAUUAUUCGAUUGAGGAUAUAUGAAACACCGGUUAUAAAAGGAUUUAGAAGAAACGAAGAUCAUCAGCAGAAGUGGAGAAGCUACGUUGUUAGUUUUGAACUUGUGGUAGAAAGUAUAAGCCCACCAAUAAUAUCUUAACAGACUGAGCAACUAUAUCGUGUUUUCACUAAAAAAUAUUUUGUACAUGAUCAAUAGAUAAGCAUUGAGUCUUGUUAUGUAAAACUGUACAACGGUUGUCGUGAUAGCCUUUGAAAAUAAUGUGUUUACCCUAAAAAGCUGUAAAGUUACGUAAUUCUGAAAGAAUCAGUUGUAGUUGGCAGAUAGGAACCCACUGAACAACUUGCCUGAUUAUAAAGUGUUAUCCAUUGCUCUUGUAAGUAGUUUUUGAAUAGGCUCGGUAUACCGUAUACACGGUGAUCGCUCAAUUAGUUUGACAGCGAUUAAAUGAAUACUUUAUCUCGGGACUUGUCCUCCGGACAGUGUGGCGAAUUUCUGUAAGAUAUUUUAUGAAACUGGACCAAAAUUGAUGUGAGUUUAAGCGAAAUUAAGUUUUAAGGCUUUACUCAUGUUGCAUACAGAAUGACAAAUAUGUGUCUUAGAAAUAUGAUAUUUUGCAAGUAUAAAAUAAUUAUAAAAUAAUAUAGUAUAACUGUAAUGUAGAGAUCAUGUCGUUCCGAUAAAUGUUGAAUCAGGAAUGCUGAAGAUAUUCAAACUACUGUAGGCCUAUCAUGUUUUUUUUUUAAAGUGACGUAUAAUAUUAUAUAUACAGACUGUAUAUCGAAGCAUUACUGUAAACCACAAGCAUAAUCUUGUUAGACCAACGUACACAUUAUUUAGAAUAACGAAGCUGUUUUAGUAGACUGGUUCUUAAACUUUUUCAUUGAAUUCUGAAAUAGAGCUCCUCUCUAUAUUAUAAUUUUUAAGUCGCCUUGUGUAAGCCCCAUUCUUUGUCAUAUAUGGCUUCACCAGGCAUAUAUCAUUUGAUUAAAAUAUGUACUGAUAGACUUUUAUACAAAAUGAAGUGUAUACUGUUUGCAGAAUAGAAUAAGUCUAAGUUUUGUAAGUGCUUUUUUCCUAUGAUAAAGAUAAGAUAAGUAGUUUAAGAAAUAUACUCAUCGAUUUAGGUAUACAUGUUGUGAAAAAAGAAUCAAUCGAUACAAUUCCAGUACGAAUACAAUACACUAAUCCAAUGUUUGUGUUUUGUACUGUAAAGUUAUUUCGCAUUUGUUGUUGAUGACUCGAACAUAGCUUACGUUCAUAUUUGCCUACGGACAAUAAUAACAAUAAUUAGCACGAAUGUCUCAUCUAAAAAGUCAUUCACCAUUAUCCUAAGUACUGUCAAAAGACAGUUAUCUGAACAAAUUGGAGAAACUCAUUGACAUUGGCGUCAACUGAAACAACCAAUAAUGAACAUCGAUUUUAAUAUAAAUUAUGAUGAAAUUGCAAUACCCACUACUUUAAUUAGAAAGAUUGUACGGUACCGACAACCUUCCGGAGACAACCUAUGUGGCUGGAUGUCAGUUUUCAAGUGUCGUUAUUCACAUGAUAAUCAGCAAAGAAUUAGUACUGUAAUAAAGAGAGAAUUUUAAACAGGUAGCCAUUUUAUAUAAAUGUUUCCGAGAUAAUUACUUGGUAAUAAAUGGAGCUAGCGAAUAACAGUCAAUUAAUCUGACGGUUACGAGCCGAUUUUCAUCACUCAAUCAAUCCAUCAAUCAUACGACUAUGUUAUUUCUAGACGCAACGAAAACUCCUUUACACGUACCUCAGAGAUCAUACAAACAGUUUGUUCAGAGAGAAAAAAAAAUGCCUGAAAUCCACGUAUGAAUAUUAAUUUCGAAUGUAUAAUGUUUUCAGAGUAAACACAUGACGAAAGUAUGGUAAA